AUGCCACCACCAUCAUCACCAUCCAAUCCACCGCAACCACCACCAUUGCCGCCAUCGCGUCCACCAACCAAUGGCAUGGCACGAUCAUCCUACAAGAAAGGCAAGCAACCUAAAGUUUUUCGAGUUGUUCGGUCGGUAUUUAGGUCAUUUCCAAUUGUGAAACAUGCAUUGCCCGUUGGCCGUCUGCCAGAUGGCCAUCGGGCAAAUUGUGUCACCGGGACUCUGUAUGGAUUCAGAGAAGGGCGUGUAACCCUCGCCAUACAAGAGAACCCGAAAACGUUACCCAUCGUGAUUCUCGAGUUGGAACUCACGACGGAUGUUUUACAAUACGAAAUGAGUUUAGGCAUGGUUCGCAUCGCGUUAGAAUGCGAAAAACAUUUAGAUAAGGACAAGGUUAAACUUUUGGAAGAACCGUCAUGGACAAUGUUCUUUAAUGGUAAAAAGGGCGGUCUUGGGGUGAAGCGCGAUGCAACAAAGAAUGAUUUACACAUUAUAGAGCUACUACGGCCGGUGCUAAUGGGUGCCGGGGUGUUGCCAGAAAAGUUUGACGUGGAAGGUACAGAUGGUGAGGUGACAUACAUGAGGGCCCACUUUGACCGUGUAGUAGGGUCUAAGGAUUCAGAGACGCUUUACAUGUUGAGCCCUGAUGGGAACCAUGGUCCUGAAUUAAGCAUUUUCUUUGUACGGAUAUGA